AUGGCCGGCCUGGCACGAGCCUCAAACACAAUUUCAACCGACGGCUUCUCCCUCUGCUCCUCCAACUCUACAAUCACCGUCUCAGAAUUCUACGUCUCAUUCGAUAAAUCAACAUCCGAAGUCACCUUCGACGUAUCCGGCUCCUCAUCCUCCAUCGCGAACGUCACCGCUGUCCUCAAUAUCACCGCGUACGGUAAUAACGUCUUCAGUAAGACUUUCUCGCCGUGUGCGUAUAAUGUGGAACAACUUUGUCCGGUGCCGAGUGGGGCGUUUAGUGGGAGUGGGAGUAUUGCGGUGCCCGGGGGUGUUGUGAGUCAAAUCCCGAGUAUUGCGUUCGAAAUCCCGGAUUUGGAUGGACAGGCGACACUACAACUAUAUGCCGAGGAUGGAACGGAGUUGGCGUGUUUGACAUCUUCCGUGACGAACGGGAAAUCGACCGAUGUCGCGGGUGUCAAAUACGCUACCAUCGGUAUCGCGGUCGGUGCGGCUGCGUUGAGUACUUUCGGGUCCUUGAUGAGUUCCUCGAGUGCGGGGGGUUCCACGCAUCUUAGCCCAUCGUUCGUGGAGGUGAUGUGGUGGUUCCAGGGUAUCGCGCUCAAUGGUGCGUUAUCGGUCAACUACCCCUCCGUCUACCGCAACUUUGCGAAGAAUUUCCAGUGGAGUACGGGGUUGUGGGGAUGGGAGUGGAUGCAGAAUGGAAUCGAUGGUUUUCGGGUGAAGAGUGGGGGGAGCUUGACAAAAGGAUCUUAUUUGACGCUGAGGAAUACAACGUUGGCGUUUGGGAAUGGAUCGGAUUCUUCUUCUUCGACGACGGUUGCGAAGAGGGGGUUGGAGGGGUUGGUGGAUGGGUUGUUGAAGCGUGAUAUCACGAUCGGCGGACUCGGGACGGGUACGGAGGCCGAUAAUUCGACUGACUCGAACUCAUCCCUCACGACCGUCGUGAACGGCCUCAAAGCCUUCAGCGAACAAAUCGAGGUCCCGUCAACAAACACAUUCAUGACAGUCCUCCUCAUCUUCCUCAUCAUCAUCGCCGCCAUCUCCGUCCUCAUCCUCGGGUUCCGCGUCAUCCUCGAAGUCAAAUGUCCCCAAAAACUCCAAGGGUUCAGAAAGAGGUAUUGGUGGUUCUUGAGUGGUACGCUCGUUAGGGUCGUGCUGAUUUUGUAUGGGACUUGGGCGAUGUUUUGCUUGUACCAGUUCCGACGGGGGGAUUCGUGGGCGGCGGAUUUGUUGGCUGCGAUUACGUUGGCGUUGUUUACGGGUAUCCUUGCGUUCUUUACAGUGAGGAUCGUGAUGUUGGCGAGGAGGGCGCGUAAACUCCAGGGUGGUGUUCAGGAGUUGUAUGAACACAAGCCGUGGUUGCGGAAGUAUGGGUUGUUUUACGACUCGUUCAGGACUCGGUUUUGGUGGUUUUUCAUCCCGCUUAUUCUGUACUCGCUUAUCAAGGGUGCGUUUAUCGCCCUUGCGGAUGGGAAUGGAUUGGUGCAGACUUGUGGACAACUCGGCGCUGAAGUGUUGUUGUUGUUCUUGAUGCUCUGGGACCGUCCCUACGAUAACCGUGGUGCGAACAUCAUCAACAUCGUCAUCUCUGUCGUCAGGAUCUUGUCCUGCGUUUGUCUUCUCAUCUUUGUCGAGGAAUUGGGGAUUCAGGCCACGAGUAAGACGGUUACGGGUGUUGCGUUGAUUGUGAUUCAGAGUGUGUUGACGGCGGUAUUGGCAAUCUUGAUUAUUGUGAAUGCGGUCAAGGCUAUGAUGCCCAAGAAGCCGAAUCAGAAUCAGGAGAAGAAGAUGGAGAAUGGGGAGAGUGAUGAUGAGGAUGUACUUACGACCUUGACGCCGAUGGGGAAGGGGGGGAGUAUGAGACGCAGUGAGAGGGAGAUGGAUGAUAUGGAGAAAUUGGGGUUGAAGAGGGGUGAUGGGUAUAUGCGAACCCCAACGCAGGAGAACUUUGCCCGUUUCGGGUUCCAGGAACGGGAGGUUUCGCCUUCUCGAUCGCGUGGGUCUUCGCCGGAUUCUCGUGGUGGAGUCUUAGUUGCGGAGGAGGGUGAUAUCGGAAAGGAGCGGUACUCGCUUGGUGGUGAGGAUUAUGCCUACCAGGGUCCCACGAUCGCUGGAUGGGGACACGGCCAUGGCCAGGGGAUCCACAGGACGGAGAGUCGGGAGGGAUUGGUGCCCAAUGCGGCGGAUUAUGAUCGGACGGCAAGUGUGUAUGAGGCGUAUUCGAGGGGGUAUGCACAAAACAACCGCCUCUAG